AGAAAAAGAAAGGCCAAGCCAUGCCUGUAGAGGACCCAGAAGAGAGCUUCAAUGAGCUGCAGAGGUCUGGACACCUUGAAGAGGCGAGGGGUGGACUGGAGUUUCUGGUGAAAGCAGAGCAGGUGGAAGAACAUGUAGCCCAGGGAACCAUACAAGACCCAGGAAUCACAGACAGUGUGGACUUUAUAAUGGAUGAGAGAGAUAGUCAGCUGUGGUCCUCUGUUACACAAGGACUAAGUGGGAAUAAUUCUGGUCACCCAGAUGGAUCUUACACCACAGAGAGAUGCUUACAGAUGUUCUCCUCUCAGGCAGAUCAAUAUCCCGCUCCCAUCCCAUCCCAUCCUGCUUCCUUUUUGUCCAUUGUAGGGAAACCGUUGGAUGAUAUAUUCAGCACUGUCCCAGUGAAAGUGGAGCCUGAGAGGCAUCCUGUGUAUCAUGGCGAUGCCAUGUCUGAGUCCAUACAAGCUGUGCAGGGGCAGUACAGAGAUACUCUGCAUCCUGUUGUGAGGGAGGGCUUGAUUUUACAUCCCAGACUGCAGCAACCAGGACCUUCUUCACAAGGGCUCAUGAGAGCAACUGAGAGCACAUCGGAGUCACACUCACACAACCAAGAGCAUAUUCUUAAUAAGAACAGAUUGAAAACAAAGAGGAUGGUAAAUGUUUGGAGAGCUGAAGCAAACCAAAAAGUGUUUAUCUGCUCAUUGUGUGGAAAGAGCUUCCACCGCCAUUGUCAACUUGAAGCACACCAGCACUCUCAUGGUGGAGUCAAACCAUACAGAUGUCUUGAGUGUGGGAAAAGUUUUACUCAGAAAAAUAGACUUAAGUCACAUCAGAGUGUUCACACAGGUGAGAGACCUUUCAGUUGCAGACUCUGUGGCAAGAUGUUAACAAGGCAGGACAACUGCCAAAGACAUGAGCGAUUUCACAGUGGACAAAAGCCAUUUAGUUGUAUGCAGUGUGGUAAAAGUUUCACAGUUCUCUGUAACCUCAAACUACAUCAAAAACAUCAAUGUAAAUUUGCCAAUGUCAGAACAUAA